ACUGACACUUCAAUUUCAGAUCUAAUUCUUGAUUGUGUUAUUCUUCAUUGCUAUGUCAGAAGGACAGUGUGGACCAGGGUACUACUAUGACGGGUUAGUUGAGGAGUGUAAAGAAUGCUUUUUACGAUGCAGUUCACCGCCCAGCAUAUGCACCGCAUAUUGUACUAAAUCAUCAGAGAGUAAAGGCCUGGAACCAUUCAAUAUCCGUCUCACCCUGGUUCUGCUGUUUGUGUUCCUGAGUGCUUUUACCACUCUUCUGCUGCUGCUGCUACAAAUGCUCAGGAAGAAGACUUGCAGGCUCUUUCCGACGAGCAAAGUAUUACGACUACAGGGAACAGAAUGCCCCGGGACUGAGGCGCUCUCUAAUGACAUCCCUGAGCAGACAGUGGUAAUAAUGGGACAGGAAGACAUGGUUUUCCUUGAGGCAACUUACAACAAAACUCCAGACUGCAACUCCAGCCUCCCUGUUCCUUCCACUGAGGAGGGCACCACCAUACUGGUUACAACCAAGACAGUGCAGAUCUUCAACCAGACAGAUGAAAAUACAGAGGAAAGGAUAUUUGUGGAGGUCUGACAUUGUUUCUUGCCAC